AUGUCCUUUAUAUUCAAUUCUUCAAGCGGAAACGUAGGCGAGCCCCUCAAGGGUCAGCUCGUUCUUCAAUCAGACUGCAUCCGAAAGUCAUCCCCAAUCCACCUCAGUGAGGUCAAGAUUGCCUUUGAAGGCGGUUUACCCCCAAUUAGAAUACUCGCUGAUAGCAACGCGAUUGAUGCAUCUAAAUCUACCCAUACCCAUGCAUCAAUAUCACUGGCAGAUGGCCAAAGUGGGCCAUCGUCAUCAUUACAGGAGAUCAAAGGCAAUGCCAAUCUAUCCCUCUUCCCAGGGCAGAUGCGCGCAUUCACCCUGACUCUGAUACCACGGGAGGCCAGCGAUGUUCGAGUGGCAUCUAUCACACUGAUGGUAGCAGACGAUAAAUUUGACCUUGCUUAUACUAUUAGUAGUACUAGCAACGACGCCUACGCACUACCAAGAUGGUGGACUGAGAGCAAAGGUAGCAUCACAUCAAGGCGGAUCGGGAAGGGUAGAGAUCCUUCUAGCUGUCAAAUACUGCCAAAGCCACCUAAGGUGCUGAUAUCCGUGCCUGGCCUUCGGGACGCCUACUACUUUGGUGAAAAAGCAGGCUUGAACAUCAGGCUCGACAACAAUGAGGAUGCGUCUGCAUCGAUCGUUGUGGAAUUAAAACUCAGUGGUCGCUCGGAGUAUCCUGCAGUUAUAAGCUGGCUCGAUGGCGCUGACGUGGAGGGACACUCUGAAGAAACUGAAGAACUGUCUGCCUCCCAGACAAAGGAGGCAGCCACGCAGACUAUUCGGCGUAAAAUCGCAGAGCUAGGAGCAGGUGAGCAUACCAUCUUGCCAGCUAUGGUGGUCGAGGCACCUCACCCGAUACAGUAUGAUCUGGAAAUCAGCGUCUCUUACCAUCUCAGCUCCGACCCCGAGGCAGCGAUAUCAAAAGCCAUCUCGCUCGACCUACCGUUUAUCCAGCCGUUCGAAGCAAACCACAACUUUCUACCACGGCUACAUCUAUCCCCGUGGCCAGAUUUCUUCAAUAUUGACGAGUCAGAAGCCUCCAAUAUGCAGCAACGGUGGCUCCUCAACUCCACGCUGAUGCCCCUUGCCCGGGAGACACUUGUCAUCGAGGACGUCAAGCUGCGAGUCGUGGCUGUCGAAGUAGGCAAAAUUUGCAGUAUUACUACGGCUUCAGACAGCAGUAAGCAGUCUGGGAACAGAUAUAUCCGGCCAGAAGAACCCCAGAGCACAGAUUUCAUGGUCGUCAUUGAGCGGCUUGCUAUGGAGGAUCGGCUGCAGACUGGGGUCAGUUUUGAGCUGAAAAUCAAAUGGCGUCGAGACGAGCAGCAAGACGUCUUUGAAGCAGAAACCACCUCUCCUGAAAUAUCUCUUCCCACAGAGUCAGUAAUAACCUCGCUGACCGUCCCUCGCUUCUCCAUUCCGAUGAGCGAGCCUCGCGUGCUGGCAUCCCUCGGCGCAAAAACUAGCCGCAGCAAUGACGUACCUGGCCUGAUCCAGCUAAACUACACACUCGAGAACCCAUCGAUGCACUUCCUGACCUUCAACCUGACAAUGGAAACGAGUGACCAGUUCGCUUUUAGUGGCCCCAAGUCCAUGACCCUACGACUCGUUCCGCUGAGCCGCCAUACGCUGCAGUACAGCCUGCUCGCGACUCGCCGGGGCGUCUGGAUACAGCCGCAGCUGGUCAUCGUGGACACUUACUUCAACAAGACACUGCGUAUCCUACCGACAGAGAGCAUAAAGAGCGAUGCGAAGGGUAUCUUGAUCUGGGUUGACUGA